AUGAUGGUGAAUCCAGAUAGAAGAACUGCUAUUGGGUCUAUACACAGGUUACGAGCGGGAUUUAACUUCUGCAACGCCAAUGCGCACCUGAGGCAUUUGAUAGCAUCAGAAAAAUGUGAAAAUUGUGAUGAAGCAGAAACAGAAGAGCAUGUAAUUAGUAAGUGUCCCAGGUACAAUGAUCAGAGGAAGCAACUGGUAGAGAAACUGGUAGAAUUGAGAGUGGAUAUCGAGCGGAUUGGCCUGAUGGAAAUCGCAUUGUAUGGAAAGGAAUGGAACAGAUGGUGUCGGAAGGCAAAAGCGGAAUCAGAGCGAAAAUUGACUCUGCGAUCAAGCUUUUCCACGAAGGGAUUUUGGCUGACAGAGCGGAAGGCUUCAGGUUGAAGAGCGACUUGGCUAAAAAGGUGUGCGGGAAAGUAA